UCACAGGGAAGACAGAAAGCAUCCCUGCCUAAGGGCUUAGUUUUGUUGGGUUUUGGGGGGGUUUUGGUUGUUGUUGUUGUUGUUUGGUCUGUGUGUGUGUGUGUGUGUGUUGUAAAAGAUCUUUAGACUCAUAUGUCACACGGCCAUCCAAAAAGGAAAAUAAGAAGACCUAAGUUAAAAUGACAAGUUUCUGAUAUUAAGAAAAGAAGUUUUCAAGGAAAUUCUGGUCCAGUACGGAGUAUGAGAAUUUACAUAUCAUGUGAGCUUCCAGUCGAUGCUGCUGCUGUUGCUGGAGUCUGGAGACCACACCUUGAGAACCACUGUCCUUGACUGUCUUCAUAACGGAAUCACCCAGAAAUAUGAUUAUAGGAACUAACGCCUGAAAAUAUCACCCCUCCUUAAAUUCCUUCAACCAAUAACUUUGGAAUCUCAGGAAUAAAUUUAAAGCUUUGGCAUGAAUGAACAAGUAAAUCUACCUGAAAGGAUCAAAGACUGGACCAAAGAACAGGUCAAGAAAUGGGUAACUGAAGACCUGAAGAUUGAUGAGAAAUAUGGGCAAAUAUUAUUCAAUGAAGAAGUAACAGGGUUAGUCCUUCAGGAAUUAAAUGAAAAGGAUCUUAAAGACAUGGGUCUACCACGUGGCCCAUCACUUCUGAUAAAACGCACAUAUAACAAAUUGAGUAACAGUUCCCUAGAAAGUAACAACCCAAAUUCCAGACAAUUCAAUGAUACAAAAGCCUCCAAAAAGGAACUGCAAAAAAAGUCAAAGCAGACAGAAAAUGAGGAAAAAUCAAUGCCAUCCAAUAUUGAACAUGAUCUCAGAGAGACCAGUAAUACAAAAGAAAAUACAGUAAGUGAAGUCGAGAUUAAAGAUAAGGAAAAGGAUAAACCAGAAGCUGAACAAUUUACUUGCAUGCCAUAUCCAUUUGAUCGUUUCCAUGACAGCCAACGUUACAUAGAACAUUAUAUUCUACAGCCUGAAACAGGACCACUCAAUCUCAUUGACCCUAUACAUGAGUUCAAAGCUCUCACAAACAUAGAAAUGGCUACAGAAGAGGAUGUUAAGAUGAAAUUUACCAAUGAAGUCUUCCGAUUUGCAUCUGCUUGUAUGAAUUCACGCACGAAUGGCACCAUCCAUUUUGGAGUCAAGGACAAACCCCAUGGAGAAAUCGUUGGUGUGAAAGUUACCAGUAAGGAUGUCUUCAUCGACCACUUCAAUGUAAUGAUUAAAAAAUAUUUUGAAGAGAGUGAGAUCCAGGAAGCCAAGAAGUGUAUUCGGGAGCCAAGGUUUGUGGAAGUCCUACUGCAAAACAACACACCAUCGGACAGAUUUGUCAUUGAAGUGGAUAUUAUUCCCAAACAUUCAGUAUGCAAAGAAAAGUAUUUUUACAUUAAGAUGCAAAAUAAUGCGGAUAAAACAUGGAAACAAGACCAAGAUCAUUCGCUAUAUGUGAGAGAAGGCGCUAGUUCUAAGAAUAUCCUGGCCAGUGUCAAGAAACGCGAUACAGAGUUCAAAGCAUUUCUAGAAAAUCUAAAGUCAUGGAUAGCAUCUAGAAAAGAGGCUGAGGAAGAAUAUGUGAUGAAGGCAUCCAAGAAAGAGAGUGAAGGACUGAAGCUAGUUAAACUUCUCAUUGGAAACCGAGACUCACUGGAUAACUCAUACUAUGACGAGUACAUUCUUGUGAUCAAUAAAUGUAAUCCAAGUCAAAUAAAGCACCUAGAUUUUCUAAAAGAAGUUAGAUGGUUUGCUGUGUUAGACUUUGAUCCUGAAUCUCUGAUGAAGGGAGUUGUCAGAGCUUACAGAGAAAGCCGAGUCGCAAACCUUCACCUUCCACGUCAGUAUGAAGAAAAGACAAUCACCAUAGGGGAGAAAAUUUCUACUCUGAAACUUUUUGAGCAGCCAAGCUGGAUCUUCUGCAAUGGCAGAUCAGAUCUGCAAGAUGAAUCAUGUAAACCUCUUGAACCACACUUAUGGCAGAGAGAGAGAGCUUAUGGAGUUACAAAAUUGAUUUCAUUUCUCACAGAUGAAAAUGUCAUGGCAAGAGGGAAAUUUUUGGUGGUGUUUCUCUUACUCUCUUCAGUGCAAAGCCCAGGAGAUCCAUUUGCUGAAACAUUCUGUGCUUUCUAUCGAGCUCUGAAUGGACUGGAAAACACGUUGUGUAUCUGUGUCGAUUCACAGAUUUACCAACGGUGGAAAGAUUUACUACAAAUGCAACUGAAAAUUGCAGAUGAAUUGGAAAACCAUAGCAUCUCCACUUUAAAUUUAGGGCUUGUGAACAGUACAAUCCUUAAAUUGAAACCAGUGACUCAGUCAUCAAGAAGGUUUUUACCCUCUCAUGGCUCUUCUUCAGUUAUCCUAGAGAAAAUGGAAGAAGAUCUGCUGACAGCACUGGAGAUCCUCUGUGAAAAUGAGUGUAGAGACACAGACAUAGAGAAAGAUGAAUCUAAAUUCUCAGAAUUUAAGAAAUCAAAAGAAGAACACUUUUAUCGAGGUGGUAAAGUAUCUUGGUGGAACUUCUAUUUUUCUUCUGAAAACUAUUCUUCAGCUUUUGUGAAAAGGGACAGUUAUGAAAAUCUUAAGGAUUUAAUGCAAUGCUGUGCAGAAUCUCCCAAACCAGUAUUUGCCAAAAUCAUCAACCUUUACCAUCAUCCAGGCUGUGGAGGUACCACAUUAGCUAUGCAUGUUCUCUGGGACCUAAAGAAAAAAUUCAGAUGUGCUGUGCUAAAAAACAAAGCAACUGACUUUAUAGAGAUUGGAGAACAAGUAAGCAAGUUGAUCACCUAUAAGACUAGCCACCAGGAUUGUAUCCCUGUCCUUCUCCUUGUGGAUGAUUUUGAAGAACAGGAAAAUAUCUAUAUUCUACAGAAUACCAUUAAUUCCCUUUUAGCAGAAACUGGUUUGCACUAUGAAAAGACAUUGGUAAUUAUCUUAAACUGCAUGAGAUCCCAGAAUCCUGAAGAAAGUGCAAAACUGGCAGAUAGUAUUUCGCUAACAUACGAACUUUCUCCUAAAGAACAAAGAGCUUUUGAGGCCAAAUUGGAGGAGAUUGAAAAGGAACACAAAAACUGUGAAAAUUUUUAUUCUUUCAUGAUUUUGAAAGGCAAUUUUGAUAAAACCUACAUAGAAAAUGUAGUAAGGAACAUCUUGAAAGAACAGAAUGUUGACAGCAAGGAAGCAGAACUCAUUUCCUUCUUGGCUUUACUGAACUCGUAUGUUACCGAUUCUACAAUUUCGCUAUCACAGUGUGAAAUAUUUUUGGGACUCACCUACACUAGCACACCCUGGAAAUCUGAAAGUCUAGAAGACAGGAUGGGCACCUAUUCUACACUUCUAGUAAGAACAGAAGUUUCAGAACGUGGGAGAUACACAGGUGUGCGCAUCAUUCACCCUCUGAUUGCCAUCUACUGUCUAAAAGAACUGGAAAAAAGCUAUCACAUGGACAAAUGUCAAAUUGCACUCAAGAUUCUACGCGAGGAUUUAUUCUAUAAUUCUGGAAUAGGGAGAGACAAAUUCCAGGACGAUGUACAAACUCUUCUGCUUACAAGACAGCGCAAGGAGUAUGGAGCUGAAACAGACACUCUGUUUUCCCCAUUAAUUGAAGCCUUGCAGAAUAAAGAAACAGAAGAGGUCUUGAUGGCAGGAAACAUUCGAUUCCCACAAAAUGUUUUCAUUUGCCAAGCCUUAGCAAGACACUUCUACAUUAAAGAAAAGAAUUUUAACACUGCUCUGUACUGGGCAAAUUUAGCCAAAAAGAAAGCACCUAAAAAUUCCUAUAUUUCAGAUACACUUGGUCAAGUCUACAAAAGUGAGAUCAAAUGGUGGUUGGAUAAAAACAAAAACUGUAAGAACAUUAAUGUUAAAGAUCUUGCACAUCUCCUGGCAUCUGCUGAAAAGGCCUCAAAAGCUUUCCAAGAAUCUCAACAGCAAACUGAUUGUAAAGACUAUGAAACUGAAGGCUGGUCACCACAGAAGUCCCAAAGAAGAUACGACACAUACAAUACUGCUGGUUUCUUGGGUGAAAUAGAAGUUGGUCUUGACACUAUCCAGAUUCUUCAGCUCACUCCCUUUUUCCCCAAAGAUAAUGAACUAUUGAAAAAAGCAAUGGUAGAAUUUUUAUCUGGAAAGGGGAGCAUUCCUCCUGAUCCAAAAAAUGAGUAUUAUCUGGCACUCAGCAAGUUCACAUCUCACCUGCAAAAUUUACAAGCAGAUUUGAAAAGGUGUUUUGACUUUUUCAUGGAUUACAUGGUCCUUCUAAAAACAAGGAAUGCCCAGAAAGAAUUAAUGGAAGUCAUAGUAGGCAAGAAAGUCAGCCGUGGUUUCAAGAAAUACACAGAACUUUUCUGCCAUUUGGAUUCAAGUCUAGGACAAGGCAGAGAGAGUCAGUUACUCUUAGAAGAAAAUUGCAGGAAAAAACUAGAAGCUUUGAAAGCAGAUAGGUUUUCUGGACUCUUGGAAUAUCUUAACCCAAGUCACAAAGAGGCUGCAACUAUCAUGGAAAAUAUAGUGAAUGAGUACACAUUCCUAUUGGACCAAAACCGAAAUAAACGACUGAUAAAGGAGAAACAAAAUUUCAUUUUGGCACACAUUAUCCUCAGUUGUCUAAAACCCAACUCCAAGCUCAUUCAACCAUUUACUGUGCUAAAAAAACAACUUCGAGAAGUCUUACAACUUGUAGAAGUAAAUCAUCCACAUCCAUAUCCUUACUUCUUAGCCUGCUUGCUAUUCUGGCCAGAAAAUCAAGAGCUAGAUCAAGAUUCUAAACUAGUGGGAAAGUAUGUCUCCUCCUUGAACCGAUCAUUCAGGGGGCAGUACAGGCGCAUGUGCAGGUCCAAGCAGGCAAGCACACUUUUCUAUCUAGGGAAGAUGAAAGGUUUCAACAGUCUUGUUCACAAGGCCAAAAUAGAACAGUACUUUAGGGAAGUACCAAAUACACAUUCACUCUGGCAGAGUGGCGAUGUAUGGAAAAAAAAUGAAGUCAAAGCCCUCCUGCAUCGGCUAGUUGGUCAAGCUGAAGGCAAGCUGAUCUUUAUAGAAUAUGGAACAGAGGAAAAAAUAAAAAUACCAGUGACCUCUGUGUAUUCAGGCCUACUCUGGAGUGGGAGAAACAUAGAAAGAGUGUCCUUCUACCUAGGAUUUUCCAUUGAAGGCCCUCUGGCAUAUGAUAUAGAAAUAAUAAAAGCAGAUAUAUGAAGCCAGGCGCCAGUGGUUCAUGCCUGUACUCCUAGC